CCACCGCCGUGGGACCCGAACAAGCUGUCGUACGUGGGCGAGCGGCGGGGCACUUACCGCCGCGUGGUGCAGUACGAAUACGUGGGCGACGGCAUGGGCGACUUCGACAUGCCAAUCGAGAGCGUCCCGGAAUCCAGCUCCUGCUGCUCGGCGGGCUGCUGCUGCUGCCUCCUCGUCCUCUGCGCCCUCGCGGCGGGCCUCGCCGCCUGCUGGCACUACGAGUGGCCGGUGCCGAUCAGUCAGGUGGCCCCCCCCCUGGCGGAGCCCCUGCUCGAGGCGCUGGGGCUGCAGGGCCUCCUGGGCGGUGGCGCCGCGCUCGUGGACUGCGCGGCAAACGGCACGGCGCCCUCGGAGACGGAGGCGUGUUGCAACCGAACCGCUGGCCUAGGGCUGGGCUGCAGCGAGAACGACACCACCACGACUGAGGAUCCGUCUUCGACGGUCGACGCCGCGCAAUACUGCAAGGAUCUUUCUUCUUUCACCGGACAGUCAGACAUGAAG